AUGAUGAAAUCCAUAGAGCGCCACGAGGCUGCGAUGAUGCUUGCAAGUCAUGGUUUCGACGAUGUGUCAGAGGAUGCUAUUCAAGGUGACGAAUGGAGACGCUAUGGAAAGAUCCGUAGGCUUGAACUGUUGAAAAAAGAUCGACAAGCUGGUGAAAAUAUCUUUCAGAUCAAUCCCACUGUUAGGAUUGACAAGUAUUUCCAGGUGAUAUAUCGUUCGCUGGAUCAGUUCCAUGCCAUGUACAAAGACAAAGAACACUGCAAUUUAGAGGAGAUUUACGUCAUGGGUCAUCGAAUCCAGCGAUUCUUGACAGAAUUUGUCCCAAAACAUCCGGAUUAUGACAAGCCAAGAUCAUGGAAUCUUAGGAACAAGAGCCGACGAGAAGUAAAGACACUUUUAUUUUGUUUGGAAGACAUUGCUGUUUUGAUCGAUGAGCGACUUUGCAACGAAGUGGUUGACUUUGCGCCUGAAUUUGAUGGACUAUUGUUACAAGAUCAAGAGAGUGGCUUCCAAGUCAAACCAUCCAACAGCAGUAAUUCGUCUGGCAGUUCACCUUUUGAUAAUUGGGUCGCUUUUGGUGGAUGGCAAAAAGACAGAGGUACCAAAGAUGAAUCAUUGAACUCGACCCUAGAUACUACGGGAUCGGAAUCUAUUGACAAUCUAGUAGACUCAUCAAUUGACAGUGAAUAUGAAGGCACGUUGCCAAAUUAUGAUGCAGGUGGGUGCGACGAGAGGCCAGAAGAACAUGAAAGCAUGGCCAAGGCAUCAAGGAUUAUCUUCCCACUUAAUCUUUCAGAGUCAGCGGAAGAAGACCAUUUCUUGAGUACAGUUGCGAGUCAGAAGUUUUCUUUUGAACUGGAUUCGGAUGCCUGCGAUAGUUGGGCACAGGAUCACAGUUUGCGACAGCAAAAGGCAAAGCAUAGGGACGCAGUCGGCAAAUACACAUGCGACCCAGCCGAGAUCAUGUUUCGACACGUUCUGAAAGCUGGGGUCGCAAAAAUGAAAUCCGCUGGUGCUCAUUCCGUGAGAGCAACGAGGGACGAAGAACGUGGAGAGUUUCCCAUUGGCGUUGAAUAUGGGCCCAGGAUGACCAUUGGAUCUGCGUUGGAGAGCACCUUUGAUGAAGGUAGAGUCAAUAUUGUUCGUUACAGCUAUGGUAAAGACGAUGACAUUCGAUCUUCGAAUGGAAUGAGAAGAUUCAAUGAUCGCACUCCUCCAAAUCCAGCUGUUAUUGACAGUACUGUCCGGUUUGAGGACCACUACCUCGUCGCAGGCGUAGAAUCAAAGUCUGAACCGACGCCGAUAGAAGUUGAAUCUACCCGGAAUCAAGCACUAAAGUUUCAUAAUUUUGGUCUCAAUGUACUGACAGAAGACGAGUGGAUUGAUUUUGGUGACACUGGUAUUGAUUCAUUCUGA